GAGAGCUGCUGAGUGAGCAGUACUCAACGUCAAAGGAGGCAAAAAUGCUGAAAAAGCUCUUUAACAUCCUGGUCUUUUUUACUAUCUUCAGUUUGGCAUGUUUUAUUGUGCUUCUAUUCCACAGCCAAAACAACACUUUAAUUUGUUUUACAAAGCCACAACAUAUGGCAAAUGGAGACAACACACCUGAACAUGUUCAACUGAGGACUACUGCAAUCAAGACCCUGGGACCCUGCCCUGACACCCCUCCAAAUCUUGUGGGUUCACUCCAUGUAAAGCUUUAUCCUAAACUGACUUUGGACGAUGUGAGAAAGGAGGUCGGACCUCGUCUUCAAGAAGGAGGACGGCACAAACCACCAGACUGUAUUGCCCAACAGAAGGUGGCGAUCAUCAUCCCAUUCAGAAAUAGGCAUGAGCACCUUAAGCACUGGCUGUAUUACCUCCAUCCUAUUUUGAUGCGACAGCAGUCGGACUACAGUGUGUAUGUCAUCAACCAGGAUGGAGAGGGAGUGUUUAACCGGGCGAAACUGAUGAACGCAGGCUACGCUGAAGCACUGAAGGAAUAUGAUUUUGAGUGCUUUGUCUUCUCUGACGUAGAUCUGGUUCCUAUGGAUGACCGUAACCUC